UCUCGCGAACAGUCGACAAAAAAUGUCAGUUAUCAAUCCUCCGCUGAAAAAUGAAUAUAUUCGUCCGGAUUGGGUCGAACAGAAACUCAUCGACGUCAAAAAUCUGCUUCGGGAUCGACUUCGCAUGGGAAAUUACAAACCGAGUCCCGGAUUAACGGAAGCUCUCAUCGCUGCCUUCACAACAGAACCCGAAUUUGGUGACGUAAUUUUCUCGACAUCGGAUGAAUUGGAGGCAAAUUUGGCGUUUGUGAUUCCAACGUUGCUCGGGAAAGAGGGAAAAGCGUUAAUUUUUAGUCCGUCAUUUUUGCAUCAACCAACGAUGAAGGCGCAAUUGAACGAAUUUAACAUGGAUACAGCGAUUUAUAACCAUCGAACGGAUUUUGAUGUGCGAGAAGAGAUGAAAAAUGUCUUCAAAGAUCCGGAAUCAAAGUUGAAUUUUUUCCAUGCGACACCUGAAAUGUACACGAAGGAGAAUCAGUGGUUGACUGACUUUUUGAAUGAGGUUACGAGACUGAAAAAAGUCGAUUUUGUUGUUAUUACGCAUGCUGAAUGGAUUUUAGAUGAUUUCAAACAAUUCAAGGAUUACGACAAAUUGCAAGGCCUGAAAGACUCAAACCGUUCCAUCAAAUGGAUAAUUUUAGGAAAAAAUCUCGAUCGUGGCUAUGAAGCGAACAAAAUUGCUCUCACUUUUGGCUUGCGAAAUCCUCAUUUCAUUGAUUCCGAAGGAGAAUCCACGGUGCUGAAGGAAAAACCAUUCUACUAUCAGAUGCAACGAUGUUAUUACUUUGAUAAAUCCAAAUAUUUAGAUUAUUGAAUUUUUUUUGUUUGUUUGCUGUUGAAUUAUCGAUUUUUUUAUGUUUUAGCGGUGCAUUGUUAAAGAGUUGAUGGACAGGUCUAAAUUUAAUUGUAUCAUUGAAAUAGAAAGUUCAGUGCAUUGAAAAAUUUUGCACGUGAUCUAAUGUUUA